CGAAGAUGGCGCCCUACUAAGUCAAAUCGUAUUAUUUCUCAUCGUGGAAAACUUCUGUAAAAUCAUUUAAAAAUGAGUGGAAAGAAAAGACAGAUGGACAAAAUGGACAUUUCACCAAGGAUUUCCCAAUACUUCACACCUUCUGGCUCAAUUUCAGACAGAACAGAGAUGGAUAUCGAUGAAAACUCGGAUAUGCCACUUGAAAAUCUCACUCGGCAGUCAGUGCUUACUGGAAUCGGCGAAGCGGGCCAGGACUCGCAGGAGUCGCUCCCGCAAGCUGCUGGGGGAAAGGAAAGGGAAAAAGACGAAGACGAACCUCGGGCAGAGAAGAAGCGAAAGAUCAAUGGAGAUCAAAAGGUGCAGGCAAGUACUACCACAGAAGAUAUACUAGCAAAGCUUCUUGACAGAAUGGAUCAAAUGAACUCAAAGUUCAACGACAUAGUGGCAAGAUUAGACUUAUCCCUUACUCAAAUUGAUAACAAUAAGAGAGAGAUAGAAGAAGUGAAGGAAAAACAAGAAGGGAUUGAGUUUGACAUUGGUUCAAUCAAAGAGAAAUUGCACGCACAAGAAAAGGAGAAUGAGAAGUUGCGCGAACGUAUGACUGACCUUUCCGCCAGGGGAAUGAGAAACACACUUGUGUUCCAAGGAUUUCCAGAGGGUGCUGAGAACAAGAAUUGUGAAAAUUUGAUCCAGUCAUUUGCCAAGUCGCAUUUGCAGAUUGAAGCUGAAGUAAUCAUCGAAAGAGCACAUCGCAGCGGAAGCACCUCAUCACCUCGACCAAGGCCAAUUAUUGCAGCUUUUAAUCGGUACUCGACCAAAAACAUGAUCCUGGUAAAUGCACGUCGCUUCUUGAAGGAGAAACCCUUUGAGCACAAUGGAAAGCAUCCUAUUUACGUGGAUGAAAUGUUGCCCAAGGAAAUUCGUGAACAACGGAAGAAGCUGAUUCACAUCAAGAAGAAGCUGAAAGAGGAAAAUACAAGGAGAGUGGUGUACUUCAAGUAUCCUGCUCGCAUCUUCUACAAAGAAGGAAAAGACGGGAAGGAGAGAGAAUACAAGAUGAAAUAACUCAAAACGUCAAAGGAAAGAAAAUGUUAUCAUUCCACAUCAAAAUGCCGGAAACAUUAAAAUAAAAAACACAAAAACAUGAAUAAUGUUAUAGAGUUGGACUUACCUCAUCUACUUAAAAACAAUAAGAAAAGUAAAAAAGGAAUACUUAGAUUAGGAUAAUGACAAGAGCUUAAACUUUUAUUCUUAAAAAAAAGUAUUUUUCAUGAACUGAUUCCAAGAGUGACCUUUUAUAGGUGAAUAUGUGGAAAAAGCACUCAAAGGAGAAAAGGAAAGACCACGAUGUAGAGCGCCACCUUGAUCUCCCUAAGGCAUACAGAAGAACUAGCCUUCGUUAUGAUUUGUUUUCUGUGUUUUUUGUUUGUUGAACCUGAUUGUUUAAUAUAUGUUGAACCUGAUCAUAUGAUGGUGGUACUUUUAAGUAAUUCAUAUCUCAACUAUGGACUUGAAGUUGAUGACACAUAAUGUUAACGGACUGGGGGACUUUAAAGCAAGGAAACGUUAUUUUAAUUAUAUGCUUAAACAGAACAAAGAUAUUAUCCUUUUACAGGAAACUCAUUCUGUAGAAAAGGAAGAAUCAUUAUGGAGAAAUCAAGUUAGAUCUGAUAUCAUUUUCAGUCAUGGAACUUCUAAGAGCAGAGGAGUAUGCAUUAUAUUAAGAAAGACACCUGAUUUUAAAGUGUUAGACUCCAUUAAAGAUAUAAUGGGACGAUUUUUAUUGGUUAAAGUUGUAAUUCAGAAGAAAGUUUAUGUGAUAUGCAACAUAUAUGCACCAAAUAAUGAGACAGAUCAGGUUGAAUUUUUUAAGCAGGUAGAAUUGACCAUACAAGAUAAUGUUGAAUAUGGGGAAAUUCUUAUAAUUGGUGGGGACUUUAAUUUAAUUCAAAACCUUGAUCUGGACAGGGCAGGUGGCUCAAUGAAAAGCAUUUGGAAGCACUCUGUGAAUCUUAUAGAAAAUAUGAAAAUAUAUUUUGGUCUGGUUGAUGUAUGGAGAAUCAGAAACCCUUGCAAAAAAGGAUUUACUUGGAGAAGGUAUAACCCAAUGGUGCAAUCUAGAUUGGAUUUUUGGUUGAUCCAUGAAUCAUUACAGAAUACAAUUAGUGAAAAUGAUAUUAUACCGUGCAUUUUGUCUGAUCAUGAUCAUGUUAGUUUACACAUGAAAAUUAAAACAAAAAAAUCUGGUCCGUCCUACUGGAAAUUUAACAAUAGUCUAUUGAAUGAUGUGGAGUAUGUUAAUGCUUUAACUAAUAAAUACUCAGAAUGGAUUGAUGAGUUUACAGAUAGUAAUGAUAAAGGAGGACUAUGGGAUUGGUUAAAGUUUAAAAUUAGAGAAUUUACUGUACCAUUUUCUAAGAAGAAGAAAUGUGAAAGGGAGGAGAAAAGAAAGGAUUUUGAAAAAGAACUGAAGAAAAUAGAUGACAUGAUGGCAGCAGAAGAUAUAGAUGAAGAAUUAAUGAAAAAGAAAAGGGAGAUAGAACAGGAAUUGUUUAAAAUAUAUGACUAUUUUGCAGAUGGGGCAAUUUUGAGGUCAAGGUGUACAUGGUACGAGAAAGGGGAAAAGAGUACUAAAUAUUUUUUGUCAUUGGAAAAAGGUCAAGCAGCAAAUUGUAAUAUUGAUGUUUUGAUUUCAGAUGUGGGACGUAUUGAUAAACAGUCUGAAUUACAGGAUUUCAUUAAGAAUUCAUAUAAAACUUUGUUUGAGAACAAAGAUAAGGUGGAAGAUGAGGUGAGUAAAGAUUACAUAAGUCAGAGUAACAUCAAGCAACUCACAGAUGAAGAAAGAAAGUCAUGUGAAGGAAACAUCACUUGCUCUGAAGCUAGGGCAGAAUUGUUAAAAAUGGCUAGAAAUAAAACACCUGGGAACGAUGGGUUAACUGUGGAAUUUUAUGAGAUGUUUUGGCCUUUGAUAUCAAAAGAAAUUAUUGAUUCUUUCAAUUUUGCAUAUGAAAAUAGUGUAAUGUCUGUGUCACAAAGACAAGGUACAAUUAAACUCAUCCCUAAGCCUGGUAGAGAUAAACACACACUGAGUAAUUGGCGUCCCAUAACUCUUUUAAAUGUAGAUGUUAAAAUACUUUCUAAAUGCUUGGCGAAGAGAGUUGCUAAGGUGAUAGGAAAGUUAGUAGAUAGUCAACAAACUGCCUUUAUCAAAGGCAGAUACAUAGGAGAAGGAAUAAGAUUAAUAUCAGACCUCUUACAAUAUACUGAGGAGGAGAAUCUGAGAGGUAUUAUGCUAGCCCUUGAUCUGACAAAAGCAUUUGAUUCAAUAAGCCACAGGUUCAUGCUAAAUUGCUUAGAAAUGUUCAAUUUUGGACCAUCCUUCAUACAAUGGGUUAGAACAUUGCACACUAAUGUAAGUAGUUGCGUUUUGGUGAAUGGAUUUACCACUGGAUAUUUUCCAGUGUCUAGAGGAGUCAGACAAGGUGAUCCUCUGGCUCCUUUACUGUUUAUACUGAGCUUGGAAGUUGUUCUUACAAGACUUAAUAAUAAUGAUAAUAUUCAGGCUUUUGAACUUAGUGGAAAACAAAUAAAGUAUACAGCAUAUGCUGACGACAUAACUUGUUUUUGUAGGAAUGUACAAUCAAUGAAGAUGGUUUUCAAAGUUUUUGAAGAAUUCUCAAUCAUAUCAGGUCUUUAUUUGAAUAAAACAAAAACGGAAGGAAUAUGGAUUGGGAAGGAUAGACACAAUGGAGAAAAAACAAAUGAUAUACACUGGGCAGACGAAAGCAUAAGAGUUUUAGGCAUUCAUUUCUCAUAUGAUCAGGAAAUAGUCAGGAAACUGAACUUUGAUAAGAGACUGGAUGAAAUAAAAUGUACUUUCUUAAGAUGGAAGAAUCGGGGGUUAACUUUAUUAGGAAAAAUUCAACUGUUGAAAACAUUUGUUAUGUCUAAGAUUAUGUAUAUAGUUUCCAAUAUUGAAAUACCAGAUGAUUUUGUUAAGGAGGUUGAAAAGUUGAUGUUCCAGUUUAUGUGGAAAGGUCCAGAUAAGAUAUCACGGGCAACAAUGAUUGCAGAUUAUACCGAAGGUGGUCUUAAAUUCCCAAAACUAAAAUGCAUGAUAGAGACACAGCUGGUUAAGUGGAUUCAGAGAUACUAUACAGAAUCAGAUCAUCAUUGGAAAUUGUUCUUUGACCAUUAUUGUAAACGAUUUGGUGGAAAAUUGAUUUUUAUGAGUAAUUAUUCUGUGAGCCAGUUGAAUUCUCUUGGAAUUCCCAUAUUUUAUCAUAACUUGUUGUUAGCAUGGUCCAAGAUAAAGGAGUAUAAUCAAUUUGUUGAUGAUCAAGGAAACCAAGCAAGUGUACUUAGUCAAAUUGUUUGGAACAAUCAAUAUAUUCUUAUUGAUAAUAAAUCAGUUUACUGUAAGGCCUUUCAUGAGGCAGGUCUAUGUUAUGUAUAUCAACUUUUUGAUCUAUGUGGAAACAUAGUGCAAUUUAAUAUUUGGAAAGCAAGAGGAGUACCACAUAAAUAUUACAUGAUAUAUUUGGCAAUAGUAUCACUAGUCAGGAAGAAAUGGGGAAGUUCAUUUAAUCAAGUAUUGAUACAAAUGUUCUUGGAGAAAAUAGAUUAUGAACAUGAUCAGUUCGUCCUUUUGACAGUAGAAAUCCAAAAACUAAAAACUAGAAAUAUUUAUGUUGAUUUAGUGAGUAAAUUAACACAUAGACCUGUCUGCGAGCCGCUAUUUUCCAUUAAAUAUGGGAUAGAGGAGGAAGAAUGGCCACAAAUGUAUCUACUCCCGUUUAAAUGCACAAUAGAAGUUAAAAUGAGAGUCUUCCAGUUUAAAAUUUUGCAUAAUAUUCUAUACACCAAUGAGAGACUAUUUAAAAUGAAGCAAGUUCAGACAGAACUUUGCACAUUGUGCGAGACCUCUGUUGAAACUCCUUUACAUCUUUUUUAUGAGUGUAAGGUUGCUGAAGAUUUAAGACGUACUUUUGUUGAUAAAAUUGGUUGGAAGCUAUCUGUCAGAUAUGAGGAUCUAUCUAGGAAAAGAAUGAUGUUUGGAUUCAUAAAGGAUUGGAAGGGACCACAUAAAAUAUUACUGAAUCACUUAAUUAUCUUAUUGAAGAGAUAUAUUUAUAUUCAGAAAUGCAGGAAUUUAGUAGUAAGUUUCAUAGGUUUUGAAGCGUUCAUUUGCAAAAUUAGACAUAUAGAAUUGGUAAUUGCUAAACAAAAGCACAAAGAAAACACGCAUUAUAGAAAAUGGUCCCCUAUUGAGAAUUUAUUUUAAUUAUCCAUAAUUAUAUUUUGAUAAUGAGACAAUCCAAGCCACCAGAGACUGAUAUUUUAGCUUUUACAUCAGGUCUGUUUGUUUGUUUGUUGUUUUGUUUUUUUUUUGGUAAUUGUUACAGUGAUUCAUAUUUGAUUAUUGUUUUUUAAUGUUAUACAAUUAUGUAAUUCCUGUAUGAUUGUUGUUUUUGUAGUGUUACAAAAAAUCUUGAAAAUCAAUAAAAUUUGGAAAAUAUAAAAA